AUGAACUGGCCGGGUGAGGCUUGGCAGGAGGGGCUGCCGGCACGGGCACUGCAGGGGGUGAGGGAGCUGGAGCAGCGCCUGGAGUGGGCCAACAAGGAGCGGGUCCAGAAGCAGGCACAGCUGGAUACACUGGAGGCCGCGCUACACAAGCAGAGGCAGAAGCACGAGGAGGAGCGUGGCACGUGGGCGCUGCUGGCCCGGGAGCGGCGGGACCUGGCCGAGGCCUGCGAGCGGCUGGAGUGCGGGCGCCAGCAACUGAGCCGGGAGCUCCAGGCAAAGGGGGCGCAGCUAAGCCAGCUGGAGGGGCAGCUGGGCCGGGCCACCCAGCGCAUUGAGGAGCUGGAGGAGGAGCUGCGGAGGUGCCAGGCAGAGCUGGAUAACCUGCGGUCAAGCACCCCCCUGAGCCAUUGCUGGGCCCCCCGGGAUGAAGGAGUUGAGCUGAGCACCUGGGAGCAAAAUCCCAGACUAGAGAACAGACCCCGAACACCCAGCAUGAGAUUGCAGCCCAGCAGCUCCACAUUGGGGGAGGAGCCGCUCAUGCAUCGAGGGGCUGCCUGGCACAGUGUCCCUCCAGGGGGCCCUGCCCCCCCAGAGAACAGUCAGGGGAUCCCAUCCCCAGGGGAGGAACCUAGAGAGGAGAAUGCAGGGCCGGGGCAAGGUCCCCCUGACAUGGAGGCCUGGGAGUUGAGGGGGGAACUGCAGUCAGUGCAGCAGGAGUUGGCCCAGUGCACAGAGCAGCGGGACCAGGCAGUCACUAAGGUGAGUGCCCUGGAACGGCGGGUGCAGCAGCUGUUGGAGGAGCUGAGGGGCCAGAGGCAGAGAGCAGGGGCCACGCAGCGCCGCCUGGAGCAGCAGGAGAGGGAGCACCGGCAGGAGCUGGCGAAGCUGGAGCGGCACCAUCGGGAAGCGCUGGAGCAGCAGGUUACCCGGUUGGACAUCCCUGAGCCCCCCCACCGCCCACCAAACAAGGGCCUGGGGGGAUCAGAGCAGCAGCGGCGCCCCCCAGGCUGUGGCCGGCGCAGCCUCAGCAGCUCCCGGCUGGAGCGGGCACCCGAGAAACGAGGGGCAGCUGGGAAGGUCAGAGGUUCCUCAGCACAGGAUCCCCGAGCUGUGGGCAGGCUGGUGCCCGGUGGGGAGCGGGGCCGGGAGCCGGAGCCCCCUACAGAGCUGCAGGCCCUGAGGGCUGAGGUUUUGGGGCUGCGCCGGCGCCUGGCUGCCUCUGAGAGCCUGCACAAGGGGCUGCUAGAAACCUGCAGGCAGCUGCGUCAAGGCGCCCGGGACCUGACCGGGGAGCACCGGGCACUGGCCGAGAUGCCGCUGGCCCAUGAUGCUGCCAUGCAGCACAAGGAGGAGGCCCAGGAGCUGCGGGGAGCGCUGGGGCCCGGCCUGGCCAAAGGGGAGCGGGGGGAACUGCAGGCUCUGGCUGUGGAGUUGGAGGCUCAGGUCUGGGGGGCACCAGGGCCCGGCCUGCCUGGGGGGGAUGCUCAGGAGGUGGGGGAGCUGCAGGUGCUGCGGGGGAAGUUGAGGGCCCUGGCCCUGGGCAAGGCUGAGGCAGAGGCCCAGGCAGCCCAGGCCCAGGAGCGGCUGCGGCGGCUCCAGGAGACGCUGGGGUUGCAGACGGAGCGGCUGGCACUAGCCUGUGAGGCCCAGAGCCAGCAUGUGGCAGAGCUGCUGACCGAGGGGCAUGAGCGGGAGCAAGAGCUGGAGCGCCUGGGCCAGGCGCUGCGGGAGGCGGGACGGGUCCGCGAGCUGCUGGAGGCUGAGUCCCAGAGCCCGGCCCCGCUGAACCGCCCCCCACAGUCCCAGAGCCCCCCGCUGAGCCGCCCCCCACAGUCCCAGAGCCCCCCGCUGAGCCACCCCCCACAGUCCCAGAACCCAGCCUUGCUGAGCCGCCCCCCACCGUCCCAGAGCCCCCCGCUGAGCCGCCCCCCACAGUCCCAGAGCCCAGCCCCACUGAGCCGCACCCCACAGUCCCGGAGGCACUCACCACCACCCCCUCUGAGCUGCCUCCCAUAG